AUGACCCAAAAAUCGAUAUUUCUGCUGAUUCUUUUUCUAUUUUUCCUAAUAAACCAAUUUUUCUGCUUUGAUGAUCCCUUAGAAUCGGAUUUUAAUCCAUGCAACAUUGAUGAUUCCACAUGUAUGCCACUGGAAGAUUUUGAUCAAAACUGCACUUGUAUUCUUCUCCCGGACCAGAAAUUAUACAAUGUUUCCGAUGAUGUUUAUCUAUUCAUGACUGGCUAUCCCAUCCAUAUGUCUUAUAUCUCUCAGACUCCAAUCGCCGAAUUAUUCCGUAAAAAGCUAUCAAUUCGAAUCCCCAAAGCUCACUAUUACGAUUCGUCGGAGCCCGACAGGAAUAUUUAUAGAAAUUUGAAAAUUUCUGAAAAAAUGGCUCUUUUUGAGGUUUCCACCGACAAAAGUGCCAUCAUUUUGCAAUAUUUGAUAGAGAAUCAGUUCUUGCGCACCGAAGCUAUUACGAAAGCCAACAAUCGCUGGUGCUUGGAGGGAGAGUGCAAUGCGUUCUUGUAUGAAUCCGGUACAGUAAACAAGAGUUUAGGAAUCUACUCCCACUCCGCCGAUCUCCUUCAAAUUAUCGAAUACCGUAGUCGAUCGAUUUUUGCGGUUUCCAGUGUCCAUGCAGAGUUUAGUGUCCCCGUGGUCCAACGCCUUCAAUGUGAGCAUAAAUGCAAAGUUUUCUACUGGAACGAGCGGGAAAUGUGCAUGAAACAGUGCAAAUUACGAUUGGAGUUCGAUUUGGUGUCCGUGACGUCGGAUUUGAAGCGGAAUUUCGACUUUUUCGUGCAGUCAUCGGCGAUUCAGAAUUUUCGAAUGAAAUAUCGGAAAUUUAUUUGA